AUAACCGUUGACAGCCGCUGUCACUUUGAACAAAAACAUAAACAAAUCGGCUAGCCGACAUGGUUUUUGAAGAUAUAUAGCGUUGUGAAUAGUUCUAUCGAUUGUUUGCAAUAUUUUAUAGUUGUGGGCUGAUUUUCACAUGGCUGCAGAACUAUACACUACCACGUGCCGGUUCUGUUUAACACAAAGCGAUUCCGCACGAUGUUUCUUCGAGUUGUUCAGUGGCGAAGAAGAAGGCAGCCAGCUGCAGACGAUUUUGGGGACAGAGCUGCUACCUUCGGAUGAGUACACCAAAGUUUGUGCCGAGUGCGAAACCAACAUAAGCCUUGUCUUUAGCAUUACGAGCGAAAUUCGAAGGAUAAACCAAAUAUUUUGUUCACUUUUGCGAAAACAGCGCAGGGCAAGUGAUCGCGAAACCAUCGAGGUGUUACAAAUAACCGCCGUAGAGGAGAGCAACAGAAUUAAGAUAGAAAGGCUCGUGUCCGACGAUGAGGAAUACUUGUACGAAUUCGAUUCCGAUGGUAACGGAGAAAGAGACCUCCCAUCAUCAUCGUGUGGAUGUUUGUACUGUGAAGCGACAUUCCCAUCACAGGCCGAACUGGGUGAACACCAGCAGGAUUGUACCGGAUAUCAAUGUGAUGGUUGCAAUCAGACCUUUACCUUCUUCCAUCAACUGUUGGAGCAUAACUCCUGCCAGGCAAGCGAUGAGCAACGGCUGUGCAAGGUCAGCCAUUUGACGAAUGCCGACGAUCGUCUCGAACAUAACAAACUUCUGAAAUGCAUGGUUUGUGGCGAACAGUUCACUGAAACGGAGGAUUUUUGCAAACACAUAAAACGCCUUCACUCAGAACAGGCAAUCAUAUUCCAUCGGUGCGAUGUGUGUCCCAAGCAGUUCCUCUCGCUAACCGAUGCCCGUCACCAUCGAACAACACACACGGCACAGUGUGUAUCCCGAAAGCAACGCAACCGCUCCAAAUGUCCAUCGGAUGGACGCAAUGAAUGUGCUAUCUGCCGGGUCCGGUUCAAAUUCAAUCGCGAUCUGCUUCAACAUCUGGGAAGCGUGCACGCGGACGUUUCCGUGACGCUGUUCGAAUGUGCCACGUGUGGAAAGAAGUUUACCACCGACACGAAGCUGGAAAAGCACAAGUACAACAUGCACCGGGGCCGACAGCCGCAGUACUUCUGUUCGUACUGUGGCCGCUCGUUUAACAAACGGAUCGCGCUGCAAGAUCACGAAAGCACCCACCGUGGCGGGAAGACAUAUCACUGCGCCGAGUGCAGUCGUGCGUUUACGUACAAAAGCUCGUACGACCGGCACAUGCAGGUUGUGCACAGUGACACCAAGAGCUUCAGCUGCGCGUAUUGCCACAAAAGCUUCAAGCGGAAACCAACAUUAACGGUCCACUUGCGGUUGCAUACGGGCGAGAAACCGUACCAGUGCAGCGUUUGUGACCGCCAAUUCACCGACCCCAGCUCAUUUCACAAACACAAGCAGCGAGAACAUGCCGGGGAAUGAGCUUCCUACGACCAAAGGUUGCAAGUGGUGAUGUUUCUAUAUUUGAGGUAACGCGGAUCAGCUAAUGCCGGGCUGCAGUUCACAUGAUUAACUAGCUAUAAAUAAUUAGCCCCAGACCCCUGGGCCGACCGCGAGGGCGAUCAACAUUAUGCGGCGAUUCGAAGAAACUGUUCCGUUAUAUUUUAGUGUACUAAAAUACAAAACUUGUAACAAGCUUAUUUGCGAAAUUUUAA